GUGAGUCUGCUGUGCAGGCCGAAAGUGAAUUGGACUGUGCAGUGUCAGUCUCCCUGUCUCCUAGACGUUCCGAGUUUUAGUGAAUAGAAUGUUUGUUUGUUGGUGAACACUUUCUGUCUUCUUCUCCCUGAAGACAUGGGAUACUUCUUCCCUCUCUCUCUGUCAGUUACUUCUCCUGAGGAAAAGGAUGUUAAGGAGGUACUCGGAGUGCCAGAGCCCUGAGAGCUGUAUGUGGCAGUGUAAUGUUCAAGCCCAGAAAUGCCUUAUGUGGAUCGGCAGAAUCGCAUUUGUGGUUUUCUAGACAUUGAAGAAAAUGAAAACAGUGGGAAAUUUCUUCGACGGUAUUUCAUCCUGGAUACCAGAGAGGACAGCUUCGUAUGGUACAUGGAUAAUCCACAGAACUUGCCUUCGGGAUCAUCACGGGUUGGAGCCAUUAAACUUACCUACAUUUCAAAGGUUAGUGAUGCAACUAAGUUAAGGCCAAAGGCAGAGUUCUGUUUUGUUAUGAAUGCAGGGAUGAGAAAAUACUUCCUACAAGCCAAUGAUCAGCAAGACUUAGUGGAGUGGGUAAAUGUCUUGAACAAAGCUAUAAAAAUUACAGUACCAAAGCAGUCAGACUCACAGCCGGCUUCUGACAGCCUGAGUCGCCAAGGUGACUGUGGCAAGAAGCAAGUGUCUUACAGAACUGAUAUUGUUGGUGGUGUUCCCAUCAUCACUCCAACUCAGAAAGAAGAAGUAAAUGAAUGUGGUGAAAUUGUCGACAGAAACAAUUUGAAACGGUCCCAAAGCCAUCUUCCUUACUUUGCUCCUAAGCCACCUCCAGACAGUGCAGUUAUCAAAGCUGGAUAUUGUGUGAAGCAAGGAGCAGUGAUGAAAAACUGGAAAAGAAGAUAUUUUCAAUUGGAUGAAAACACAAUAGGCUACUUCAAAUCUGAACUGGAAAAGGAACCUCUGCGGGUAAUACCACUUAAAGAAGUUCAUAAAGUCCAAGAGUGUAAGCAAAGUGACAUAAUGAUGAGGGACAACCUGUUUGAAAUUGUAACGACGUCUCGAACUUUUUAUGUGCAGGCUGAUAGCCCUGAAGAAAUGCACAAUUGGAUUAAAGCAGUCUCUGGCGCCAUCGUAGCACAGCGGGGACCUGGCAGAUCAGCAUCUUCUGAGCAUUCCGGCUGCCCUUCAGAAUCCAAAUACACUGGCCGUCCUGCCGGGGCAGCAGCAGCCACCUCACAUUCCGCAGCCUCUCGCAGCCACUCUCUGGUCUCAAGCUAUACCAUGGAGAAGCGAGGAUUUUACGAAUCUCUUGCCAAGAUCAAGCCAGGGAACUUCAAGGUCCAGACUGUCUCUGCAAGAGAAUCAGCUUCCAAAGUGACUGAACAAGCUCUGCUUAGACCUCAGAAUAAAAAUGGCCCUCAGGGAAAAGAUGGUGAGCCAGUGGACUUAGAUGAUGCCAGCCUGCCAGUCAGUGAUGUGUAAGGCUGCCUGCCCCACUCAUCCCUCAGUGUCCUUUCAUGAGGAUUCUAGCCAAAGAUGAUAGAGGAUGAAUGGUUUCAGUGCAUAUAUUAUAUUGUCUCUUGGGUGUACUCUAUAAACUGGCAAACCAAGAAUCUAGGGAGUGGCCAAGUCAGUGUAAUUUCUUUAAGAAAGGAAGGAAGAAAGCUGUGUCCAUAUCAACUGUCUGAAGCUUUAUGUUUGGGUGGUAAAAAUGUGUGUGUGACUUUUUUUUUCUAGUGACUUUGAAAUUUUAAAUAACAACUUAAAACAUUAAAAUUUCUUAUUAUUUGGUCAUUUAAAAAUGCUAAUAUGACUCCCUAUGAAAUACUCAAUAUUUACACAUUCUUAUCACUUAACAUUAUCAACUGGGACAUUGCCAGACAAAAAUUCUUAAACUCAUGUCUGUGGUGCUGCAAAAUUUAUAUUGCAAUGUGGAUUAUAUAGAAAUUCUAACCAUUUUUGAUAUCAGGUGAGUGGUAAAUUUUGCAUAGAAGAUUUGAUUAGACUGUUGGUGCAGGUAGGGGUUGAACAGGGGUGGAGCAGCAAGGGUGAGGGAUUAGAGCUAAACUAUAGCUAAAGUUUUUUUCUUUUUGGUGAGGAUUUUUUUUUUUUUUUGAGACAGGGUUUCUUUGUAGCCAUGUCUGUCCUGGAACUUGUGGUGAUCCUCCUGCCUUUGCUGCCUCCCAAAUUAUAGGCAUGUGUUACACAGUGUGAUACUUGGUUGAAAAAGCUUAGAAUUUGCACCUAUCAGUAUUUUAUUUCAGUAAAAAUUACUUGGUUAUAAAUUUUGGGAAGAUCUGAUUUUUUUUUCCCCAAGACAGUUUCUCUCUGUAGUCCUUGUUGUUCUGGAACUUCUUCUGUAGACCAGGCUGGCCUAAAACUCACAGAGAUCCU